ACCUACUCCGGAGAAGCGCAGCCGCCAGCCGUAUCAGCACUGGGGACGGCUGCGUGCCGUGACCCCACAUCCAGGCUGAGUGGGCUGGCGCUCGCCCUGUGCCUCGGAGCGCUCAUAGGCGCCACGGCAGUGGGCAACGCGCUCGUAUGCCUCUCCGUAUGCCUCGUCCGCCGGACUGCGACACCCGUCCAACCACCUGCUCGUGUCCCUGGCCGCCUCCGACCUCUGCGUCGCCCUGCUGGUCAUGCCUCCCGCCAUGCACCUCGAACUCACGGGCCACCGCUGGUACCUCGGUCCGACGGCCUGCGACGCGUGGGUGUCCGUGGACGUUGCCUCGUGCACCGCCUCCAUCCUCAACUUGUGCAUGAUAUCAGUGGACCGGUACUUGGCCAUCACGCGUCCACUGACCUACGGAGUCCGGCGCACGGCACGAAGAGCCUGGGCCUGCAUCGGUGCUGUGUGGCUUCUCUCCGGGUUAAUCAGCGUGCCGCCUCUGCUCGUGCUUGGCAACGAGCACGGCACUCCCGAGAUGCCCACCUGCCUCGUGUGCCAGCAUCUGGCGUACCAGCUGUACGCCACUCUAGGGGCGUUUUACAUACCGCUGGUGGUCAUGCUGUCUAUGUACUGGCAGAUCCACAGAGCUGCCAAGAAGGUCGUCGAGGCCGAGCACAGGGCGAGGCCGGGUCCACGGACCAGGAGCCUGAGGGUAGCGGUGAGAGAGCGAAAGGCUUCCAUAACGCUCGGAAUCAUACUGACCGCCUUCACAGCCUGUUGGCUCCCUUUCUUCGCCAUUGCCCUGGUGCGUCCUUUGGGAGGCAAGCCCCUACCUGAUUGGGCGCACAGCUUUGCCCUCUGGCUGGGCUACGCAAACUCGGCCCUCAAUCCAGUCAUCUACGUCACAUUCCACCAUGACUUCCGGCGUGCAUUUCGGGACUUGCUUUGCCUGCGAUGCGACGGGCGAGAUGGUGGCAGCAGCGCUGUUGAAAUUGGAAGCACCAACGGAGAAGGAGGAAAGCUUCUCGGCAUGAAGAACAAGAUCGAUCGCACCUGGACCUGACCGUGGUGGUCGGCGCCCACGGGUAUCCGUUCCUGCAAAGGCGACGUGAGUGGGAAGCCUGCGAAAGAGAAAGGGGAGGGGCCGUGCCCGAAAGAACAGCGCCCUCCAAGUCCAACAACUUGCAGCUCGAGCGUGGCGCCAGCUGCUGUUCCUGUUCACUGACCAUCAUGCUCAGCAAAUAGAAUGAUUCGCCCACCAAUCACGACAGACACAAGCUUUCAGCGGCAGAAGAUGGGCUCAGAAAACAGUACGACGGGUUCCCGAUCCGACAGGACAUCAACGUACUAAAAAUCUAUCUUUUAUGACAGUGCCCAGCUUGUGACAAUGAAAAUGGCCAGGUCAUAACAGGGGAGUGCAAGAAAGCCAGGCUAUCGUGGUCUCCACCAUUUAGGAUGGCAACGUGACCCACACAUCUGUGUAAACCUAACGAACUUGUGCAGGAUUGCUUCCAUACUACUCCGUAUUGUAACCUAAAAGCCAUGCUGAUGAUUCUAAUUCGCUAUCAUUAUUACGCUAAACAAGCAACACUUGAUUGCGUUUUCUUGAACUUGUACAAACUAUUUUUGUGCGCUCAUGUUACGCACACGUCGAAGAACUUGGUUAUGUUUGGCAAAUUAACAUGCAGAAUUAUGAAAAAAAAUACUUGGAAGGAAGCUACAAGUAGGCGUUUUCGUGAGUAAUGUCAAUGUGAAAAUCCAAUCUACAACUCACUUGAGCAUCAAAUUCAGCAUUAGGGAUAUCCUAAUAGUAUAUGCAACGUUUUCACGCUAGCGGGCGUGAUUACUUCUAUUGUGAGCAGGUUUGGCCCAUCUCUAGGCUGCAUCAUUUCGAACGACAGCAAGUGUAAUCGUAACGUUAACAAUAGUGUCCAUUAGACAUACAUACGAAAUAUGAUGAGAAAAGGCAUAGCUGAAAGAAGAUAGCAU